AAAUAAAAUAUAUUUUAGUUUUCAUUAUUUCUUCCAUUUUCAGCUUGUUUCAUUGAAGUCUUGCCAUUCACUAUGGACACUAAUUUCAAGUUGUCCAAUUGCAUUGGUACAGUGUAUCGAGACGGUCAAGUGGCGUUCAGCAAAGAUGGAUACUCAGUGAUUUCACCUAUUGGCAACAAGCUAUCAAUUUUUGAUCUCAGAAACAAUACUUCAAAAACAUUGGAUAUUGACUGCAAUUACAACAUUAAAAGACUCUCUAUUAGUCCAUCGGGUUAUCAUCUUCUUGCUUCUGACGAGCGUGGAGUUGUUCACUUUGUCCAUUUGCUGUCCGAAUUCAAAAUAUAUACUUUUCGCAGCAACAAACCGAUCGGAUCACUUCAGUGGUCACCAGACGCAACCCGAGUUGCUAUUUGCCGUGAAAACGACCUUCAGAUCCAUGAAUUUGGCAAAAGCAUCGAAAAUAAAGUUUAUAACCCGUUCAGUCUGUCAAGAACCUACAAAUUGAGCAGUGAUAGUCUCAAAACAAUUGACUGGUCAGAUGAUGCAAAUCUCCUCGUUUCUGGUGGUGAGGACAGAGUUGUUCGAGUUGUUGGUGCAAAAGAUUUCAAAAAUUUGUUCAUUCACCCACUGGCUUCACACAAAGGAUAUAUUGUAAAUUGUCAAUUCAUGAAGAACUCUUACGAUAUGAUUACAGUAUGUAAACGUGGACUUGCAAACGUUUGGACAUGUAAUCUGCGUCCAGGAGAGUUGGUUGAAGGAAUCUGGAAGAAAGAUGAAGAAGGAUCAGAUGAUAUUGAAAUGUUGGAAGAUGGAGAACAGAAAGUCGAGAAAAUUUUCUUUGAAAAAACAAAAAAAUAUUGGUUAUCUGAAUCGUCGGGCUCAGGAAAGUCUGUGGAUGUGACUGCAGCUAGAUUUCACAAAGAAACUAAUAUUUUGGCAACUGCGUUCAAUAAUGGAGUUAUUGUUCUUCAUGAAAUUCCUUCGUUUGCUUUGGUUCACAAUUUAAGAGUUUCUGAAAUGAGAAUUCAAACGGUUGCUUGGAAUCUUACAGGCGACUGGUUGGCAAUUGGUUGCGGAAAAGGUUCAACAGCUCAGUUGGUCGUAUGGGAAUGGCAAUCCGAAUCAUAUGUAAUGAAGCAGCAAGCUCAUUCUCUUCGUAUCACUACUGCAGAAUAUUCCCCCGAUGGCUCACUUAUGGCUACUGGAGCUGAAGAUGGAAAAGUGAAGAUUUGGAAUUCUCGUUCCUCGUUCUGUACGGUCACAUUUGAUGAACACACUUCUGGUGUAACAGCUGUGAAAUGGACACAAUCUGGAAGAGCUAUCCUAAGUGCAUCACUCGAUGGAACUGUUCGUGCACAUGAUCUCAAAAGAUAUCGAAAUUUCCGUACUCUCGUGUGUCCUGAACCAACUCAAUUGGCUACGUUAGCAGUUGAUAAAGCAGGAGAUUUGGUUAUUGCUGGAGCUAAGGAAGUUUUCAAUAUUUACAUUUGGUCUUUCGAAACAGGUCACCUGUUGGAUAUUCUCUCAGGACAUGAAUCUGCAAUCUCGUCAAUCGAUAUUCACGGAAAUCAUAUUGUCAGUGGUUCAUGGGAUAGGACGAUCAAAAUGUGGACAAUUGUCGAUUCACAAGCAGAAACUGUCGAAGUAUCACAUGAAGCACUCGAUGUCAAAUUUUCUCCGGCUGGAGAUGAGAUUGCUGUUCUUACAUCGGAUGGAGUCAUCACUUUCUUUGAAGCAAAGGAAAUGAUUAAUUUGGGAAGUAUUGAUACUAAAUUGGAUACUGAUCCGGCUCGUGGAUCACGUGACACAAUUACAAGACAAUCGGCGGCCAAAACAAAAACAUUCACGAGAAUUCGAUUCUCUCCCGAUGGAAAUUUAUUAUUGGCUGGUGGAGAAUCGAAUAAUUUCUGUCUUUACUCAGUUCCGGAGCGUAUGAUUCUGAAGAAAUGGCAAAUAACAGCUAAUCGAAGUCUCGAUGGAGUUAUUUUGGAUUUCAAUCGACGAAACUUCACAGAAUUUGGAAAUAUGCAACUAGUGGAUACUUCUGAUGAAGAGGAUGAGCUGGAGCCAAACAACAAAAUGUCAAUUAAGCUUCCUGGAACAAAAAAUUUUGAUUUGGGAGAACGAAGAGCUCGUCCUGAAGUGAAUAUUUAUGAAGUUACAUAUUGUCCGACUGGAAGAAGAUUCGCAAUUUGUUCAACAGAAGGUGUUUCUGUAUAUUCAUUGGAUACUAUUUCAAUGUUUGAUCCAUUCCAAUUAGACAGUCAAACUAAUGCAGAGGUUAUCAAAAGAGCUGUAUGGAAUAAUGAUUAUUCAACUGCUAUUAUGGCUUCUCUUCGACUGAAUAAUGCACAAUAUAUCACUGAAUGUUUGGAAUCAACUAGCAUCUCACAGAUUCCACUUGUCGCCAGCUCACUACCGUUGAUGUAUGCAGAGCGUCUUCUAAAAUGGAUGGUUGAAGGAAAUGUUAUGUCAUCGACACGACAUGUUCAUUUUUAUAUGAUUUGGCUCCGAGCGAUUCUGCAACAUCACGGAAUGCAAUUGAAAGGACGUGCUGACGUGGCAACUCUGACUGGUAUCCAACAAAUUGUGGCUCAUCAUCAACAACAUAUCACUAAAUUGGCAAACCAGAACAAGUUCGCAUUAAAUUGGCUCGUGAAAAUUCGGCAAUCGAAGAAAUCUGUGAAAAAGGAAGAAGAGGAAGAGGAGGAUGUUAGUGAUGAAUCAGACGAUGAAGAUAUUGAAGAUGAAAGUGCUGGAAGCGACGAUGAAGAUUCUGAUGAUUCAGUGGAAAUUAUUGAAUAAGCUCUACAAUCUACAAUUUUUAAAGAAUACGUCUUAUAUCAAAAUUUCCAGACUAUUCACACUUUUUAUACAUAUUUGUUGUUGAUUUGUUACUUUCUUUUCGAAUAUUGUUUUUUUUUCUCAGUUUUUGUUAUUUUAUUCCCAUUUUCUGUUAUGAUUUCCCAGUUGUUCUAGUUUUUUUUUUGAUAAAGUAAAUGUGUUUUGAUU